ACUGAUUUUUCAAUUUUCCUUAGGCAUUUUUAGACUACAUCCUUAUGAAGAGGAUCCCAACGUUUAAUCCUUUUAAGCGUAUGGUUUGGAAAAGAUCCAGCAUCAGCACUGAGAGGAAGCUUGAACGAGAAAGAACAACGAUCUGCUCUUCGCGAAUUUUAACCCCCAAGAAGCCUCGCGUGUUUAAAUAUUACUGUAUCGUUUCUUUGGGUAUUCGUGAGGAUUUAAUUCAUGUUGAAGAGUAUAUUUAGAAUGGAGUUCCUGGUACGUAGUUUAUCCGUCCGGUUGUGUUCCACGAAGCCGAUCCCGCGUAAAAUCGUCCGCGUCGUGCCCAAGAAAAGCAGCAAAGAUGCCUUGAUCCGUUAUCACACGGAAAACGCGUUGCUUUUCGGCAAAUUGCAGAAACGGAAGAAGCCAGCCAAAGCAGAACCGAAACCGGAUCUCAGCCUAGUCGCCGCCUUGACCGAGUGUUCCACGUGUGUGUCGGAAGGCAGAAUGCCCACGGAAGUGACGACUGGACGCGUGAAGAUGCCCUUGGUGUGGGAUCUUGAACUGAAGCGAGCCUCGGAUUCAGUGGAUGGGUUCAAGGACGUAGUUUCUAGUAAGGUCAAGUCCUUGCCGAGUGUGACGAAGGUGUUGUCGGCUACCAUGUCCCCGGAGUCACGGGCUGCGUUGGAUGCCUGGAAGCAGAGGAUGAUUGCGGAGCUGGGAGAAGACGGAUUUGCCCGAAUGCAACAAGAAAUUUUGGCCCGCGGGAAGGAGCUUCAUAGCUUUAUUUUGAAGCGCUUGUCUGGAGGAGAGUCAAGUUUGGUACCUGAGGAGCGAAUUCAAAACUACGUGAAGAGUUUGAGAAGCGUUUUCACUUCUGUGAAGAAAGUGGAUCUCGAUCUUACGGAGAAGCCGAUUUGUCAUCCGGUCUUGGGCUAUUGGGGAAUCCCAGAUUGCGUAGCAGUGUUCAAAGGAACUCCGGUUGUGAUUGAUUGGAAGACUUCUGGAAGGACACGACAAACUAUUGGGCAACUUUAUGAUGGACCCGUUCAACUGUCUGCUUACAUCGGUGCAUUGAACGCUACGAGAACGCUGGAUCAACAGCUGGACCAUGGCGUGGUGGUGGUUGCAUAUGAUACUGGGAAGCCCGCAGAUGUUCACGUUCUGAGCCGACCCCUUUGCGAAUUAUUCUGGUCCCGGUGGAUGCAACGUCUGAAAUUGUACCAAGGCCUGUUAUUGACGACGACGCAUUAAAGCGUUGACGAUGAUGCUCAUUGAUUUGUUUCCAUUCUUUCUUUUAUUGAUCCUUGAUGCACGGAAUAAAAAUCUUUUUGAAACACUCCCCGCGGUCAUCGUCGCGAUAUUCAGCUGUUUCUGGUCAGUUCAUGUUUUUCCGUGUGUCGACUUGAUUAUUCCGAGAUGGACGCGAAUCGUAUCAGUUUCCUUCAGCAUCAGCUGCGAGACGAGCUUUGUAUUCCGCCAUUAUUGCUCCUGAAAUCAAGUUUCCGCCGCAAACGUGAAUCACUAUCGGUUUCUCGGCUGAGAUUUUCCCGCUUUCGAUGUACUUGUUGAGGAUUCCGGAGUAGAGGGCCGCGAGUGCUGCUCCGCAAGCAGCUUCCGUCAGACAUCGCUGAUCAUCUGUACAAUAUGCACAAUAGCAGACCUUUAAUUUGAAAUUUCUGCCGAAGUGUGAGGAAUUUUCAUUCCAUUUCUUGUAUAUCUUAAGUCUUAUUGCGUGCUGGUUGUGGGGACAUUGUCUUGAAGUGGUCCUAUAUAUUGAAACAAAUCUAAUUUUGUCGCCGUUUCUUU